AUGAAUUGUCAUAUCUUAUUUGUUUUUAAAGUUGGCCACUCGGUAUAUAGAAAGCCAAAACCUGUGAAUGGUCGAACACAUCACUGGAGAUGUUAUGUGGAUAGUUGGAAUCCUCGCUAUCCAUUGUCAGCAUUUGUAAAGAAAAUUACGUUCAAACUCCACAAUACAUUUGAAAAUCCAAGACAAGUUGUACGACAGGCUCCGUUCGCUAUCGAAGAGGAUGGUUUUGGAACAUUCCAGUUGCAAGUUGAAGUCGCUUUCCUUGACUGUGUCACUACAUUUUAUUACGAUCUCACACUUUUUGAUCAAAACGCUUUGCAUACCUAUCGAACAGUUCAGAUGGACCCAGCACCUGAAGAUUGGGACAGGCUCAUUCAACUAGGCGGAAUUGCUAUACCACGAACAUCAAAUCAAUGUACCGUUCAUGAAAUUGUUCAGGCCAUUCAGUCAUAUUCUGAUUUGGAGUCACUUCAUUCAUUUUCAUUCUAUCCAGAAUUGCAACCGAAUACAAAAUCAGUUCACAAGGAUAAAUCAACUGCUUCAACAAGUAAAGUGAAAAUGAAAGAGUCUGGAACAAAUGCGAAAGCAUUCGAUUAUGGUUUGAAUUAUCAGGCCAUGCGUAAUGAAUUAGUCAAAAAAUCACAUGAAGAUCAUAACUUUCUCUUGGACUCAGAUAAUAAUCAAAGUUUGCAGGUAUCUUCAUCAUCAUCCUCUUCUGAUCGUUUACAGACAAAUCAACCCCUACCACAGAAGCAUAAAAAGAAAUUACAACUAUUACAUGAAGCCCAAUUAUUAUUGGAGAAAGCACAACAAAGUCAAAAUUGGGCACCGGUAAUUUCACCACCACCACCUCCCAUCCAACCACCCACAACUACAAAUAUAAAUAGCCCUGAAGGAAGUCAUCCGCUUUCGCCUGAUCCGUCUACAUGGUCUUCACGUUUAAGUCGAUCAAGAUCUAGCCUAAAUGAACACAGUGAUGAUGACGAUGAUGAUGUUGAAGAGCACCGCCAUUCCUACGAAAGUCGAAAAUCUCCUGUUGUACAGCGUUGUGAAAAAACGAACAAUGAAGUACCUGUAGGAAAUCCAUCCAAGUCCGAUCCAACUAAGAUGACUUAUGUAAUCGAUUCUAAUCAACAAGAUAAUUCUGCUCCAAAACAACGUAUUGUCUUAAAAUUAUCCAGAUCAAGUUGUGGAAGUCAACUCUCAGUUUCAUCAUCACAUCCACUUGAUGACGAAAUUACUAAUGAAAAGUUGGAAAGAAAAAAACAUAAAAAGGAAGCCAAGAAAGAACGUCGUAACAAAAGUUCAAAGAGUUCACCAUCGAAACACCUAUUUGGUGAUGAUGCUACAACACCACGGGCUACUGCGAGUGGUGUUGCUUCAGAUAAGAACGUUGCAGGUAAUGAUUUGGGAAGCAAGAUGUCAACACAAAAUUUCACACCAGAGAUAUCAUCGCCUAAAAGACGUCAUUCACCUCAGAAACAAUCAUCACAUGGUACGCGUUCAGAUCAUUCCGGUUCUGAAAUGAUGUUCAAUUCUCGUAAGUCAGGGAAUAAAAGUUCAGAACCAUGCUCUGAAAAUGAAAAUGGCAUCCAUAAUAAUGCGAUAAUAUUUCAAAGUGAAAGUGAAAAGGAAGACACCUUAAAACACACUGAAUCAGAAGACAAAAAGAAGCGUUCACGUCAGAAGAGUAAAAAACAUCGGCGAUUACAUCAAAAGCAUUAUUCAGUAGCCAAUGAAUUGCAGCAGGAUGUACACGAUGCAUUUACAACAUCUGAUGUCGAUUCUCUAUGUGGUUCAUUUAGUCAAUCAACACAUUCUCAUUUACUUCUAAUGGAUCAAAAAGAUAAUGAUUAUCACAGUGAUUGUUUUCCGAAUGACUCGAGAAGAGUAACGCCGGCGGUCGAUUAUUUUGGUGAUGAACUACAACAACAAAGGAAAGUACAGUCGAAUUCAGUUAACCGUUCAUUUCCACCACCGGCUCUACCUUCUUCAUCAAAUGUUAAAAAUUUCAAGUACGGUGAUGAAUCAUCUGUUAUCAGCAAUCAGAAUCCUGUUCAUUCAGCUGCUAGCGAUGGUGGCAGUAGCCGACAGUAUGAUCCAGACGAUCAGUUAACACAUUCAGUUAUAGCUACAAGUAGUGAAUUAUAUGAAGAAGAUUUUGAUGAUUUCACACCACCGUCGAAAGCCUACCCUACAUAUGAAGAGUUAAAUAAGCAUUCUAACGAUACAUUACAAACUAAAUCUACAGAUCAAGAGUGUAGAAAGCGUAUUGGAGUGGAAGUGAAUGAAUCACAAUCAUCAUUAAGUCAAAGUAAACAGUUGAAUGAGGAAAAACCUAAAGUUAAACAAUCAAAGAAUUCAAAGCAUAAGAUUUCUUCAAACGUCUCCAAUAAACUGUCAUCUCAUUCAACUGUAGAUUUCGAUAAGCCGAAUGAUUCAAGCAUUCCAGUCCCUCCAAAGCCACCAAAAAAGUCAGAUCCUUCUAGCUCAUCAGAUAGUCGUCAACCCAUAUCAUCAUUGAAUCAUUCAAAUGAUGAUUCUGUAGAAGUACAGAAUACAAAAAAGUCAAGUGUCAAUAAAUCGAAAUCCCACGAUAAGCCUUCAUCUAAAGUAGUGACUGCAACUGUUAAUCAAACUAAACAGUGUGAAAAUUCACCACAAGACAGUAAAACGCGUGUACCCAGUAAAGAUAAAGAAUCAAAACACCCUAACAAACCUAAAAAGAAUGAAAAGUCAGAAAAUUUAUCCAAAGUGUCUAAUGAUAAUAAUAAAACGUCCAAUAAUAUUCCAACUUCAGGUAUUCAUAAAUCGUCUUCUAAAGUUUUAAGUUCCACUGAAACUAAUAAACAAACCAAUAAUGAAGUAAAAGAGCGAUCUUCUAAAGGAUCAUCAAGUCGAAUAAAUACUUCGAACAAAUCCAGUAGAAGUAAUAACAGUAUUGCAGGAAGUUUUUCCCUAUACGAUGCUAGUUUCAUGGACGCAGAAUUAUCAUCUUUGUCUUCGGAUUCACCAAAUGCAACUUCACCGUCAUCUUCCUCUUCUGUUACUCCACCAAUGCUAUCUGAUGAUACAUGUCAUCUCAUAACGAUGGGUGAAAUGAAACCUAUUGAAGAAUCUCGAAAUGCUGCUAAGCAAUUAAAGUCGAAUGAAAUCAAACGUGGUUCAACCGUAACAUCUCAGUCGUCUGCACGUGAGUUAGGACCCAAUGUUGUACAUGAAAAAGGUGAUUCGAAUCGUGCAAACAAAAAGAAUUCAUCCAGUGGCGCUAACAGUACAACAACAACAACAACGACAACAUCGUCAACAACCACUGCUACCACUGUUACCACAAGCAGUAAUAAUAAAUUAGCAAAGGAUGUGAAUCCUAAUACCCUUUCAUCCAGCACUAACAUUCAAACUAACCCCUCAGAAUCAACAAAAGUCAAUAGUCAUAAUUUAGAGGUUCUAUUCGAUAGAUUAAUACGUCUACGUGAACCACACCUAGCUAUACGUAUGAGUGAAAUUCUACUGUAUUAUAUUUCUUUGAAGUCACCAGAUUCUGUGGAGCGUAAAAAUAAAUCGAAUUCCAGUACAGUGAAUAACAAUAAUAGAGCUGUAAAAGUGAUACACGAGAAACCGAAAUUGAUAGCCUUUGAUCUUCGUAAAUUACCUACUUCUUGUAUUGAGAAAUUGACAGCGCUUAUUAAAGAAGAUGAAGAAAUUUCAAAAAAACAGAAUCAAACCUGUACACCUUCGAAAUUAGUGUCUGUUAAAAAAGAUGCAUGCCGAAAGAACACGACAUCAACUGCUGGUGAUGGUGUUGAAGAUAAUAAUAAUAAUAGUCUUUAUGGCUUAAAUAAACGUCGUUGUGUGAAUACUGACCGUGGACAUUCCUCAGGAUCUGAAGGUUUCUAACAUUAUAUACAUAUA